AUGGAGGCGGUAUGUGAGGGGCGACUGCAGCGGCUGGAGCAGCAGCUGCGGCGCUACACGCGCGCCUACGACGCGCAACGGGAGUUGCUGUUUCGGCUCUACACACAACUGCCAGCGGCGGAGGCGGCCGACGACGCGGUGCCCGGCGAGGGAGUGACAGACACGGCACGCCGCCCAGAGGGGAGCAGCGGGCGGGCGCCCGCAGGCGUGCGUGACAUUCUGCAGGACGAUGCCUUUCGCCGGCGACUGGUGCAGCUGCUGCAGGACCCGCUGGGGCCGUCGCAGGAGGCCGCCACAGCCGCAGUAGCGACCGCGCCCGGCAGGCACAGUGAGGACGGCAACGAGGGGGAUGAUGCACCGCGGCAGGGCGAAAGCGGGACACCACGUGAACGCGGCUGCGGCAGCGACGCGGCCGCAAAGCAGGAGACCGAAUGUGACGCGGAGGCGAAUUUGUGUGGCGGCCGUCGCAGUGACCACGACGACGAGGAGGAGGAGGAGGAGGAAUCGCCGCGGGCGGCAGAAUCGCCCUCGGCAGGCCAAGCGGUGAUGGCGGAGCGGCUCACCGCGUCGCUCGCGCUCACGGCCUCGGACGCCGCCGCCCGCUUUCUGGAGAUGAUGCGGCGGCUGUGGUCGGCGUACUUUGCCCACCUACGCGCGGAGGUGCGGGCGGCGCUGUGGCGGCUGGACGACGCCUUCGCCCGCUUCGAGGCGGACCCGUCGGAGGCGACCCUCGCCGACUUCCUCGAGGAGCACCAGCAGCUGCCGCCGCUGCUGCGCCACGGCCUGGGGAUGCCGGAGGCUGCGGAUGAGGCGGCUGCGCUGCCGCCGGGGAACCCGCUUGAGCCGGAGGGGGAGGUUGUGCAGCAGCUCUCGCUCUGCAUCGCGGAGGCGGUGUCCCCGCUGCUGGCCGUGGCGCUCCGCGCCGGCGAAGGCCGCGACGGCGGCGCAACGCGGCGUUCCCUGCGCGAGCGGCGAGGUCACGGGCAGAGCCCCCACACGACAGCGCCGCCGCCGCGUCCUCCGCCCUUGCGGCAGCGCCGGCGUGCGUGGCGGGAGGAACGUGCGGGCAGCCACUGCAGUAGCAGCAGCAGCUGCUGCAGCAGUACGGGCAGCAACGAGGAACGGCGUCCACCUGCGCUAGACGGCGGCGGGGGGGCCUCCCCCGCGCCCCGCGUCCGCCACGGCGCCGCAGCAAAUUAUGCAUCACCACCGCCACAGCAGCCGCAGCUGCAGCCGCAAUGGCGACGGCACAAUGACAGCUCCCAAAUAGCGGAGGCGUUGUUUAGCCGCGGCACACCUCCUGGGAACCGCGUGAGCGCCCUUGCUGUUGUUCCCGCUUCUUUACGUGCGACGAGUGAGGAGAAAGUGGGAGACGCGGCGCUCCCGCAGGACCCCAACGCCCGGCUGCGGAUCCUGCAAAUGCAGGAGGAACGGCUCGCCUUCACGCUCGUCAACACUGCGGCACGGCGGCACGAUCACGGCUGUGAGGUCAAGUACUACGCCAUGAACAAGCGUCUCGCCCGCGUACGCAGUGCCAUUCUGCGCACAGAGAGAGAAGUGGAUGAACUCCGGCGCAUCGAAGAGGAAAAGGCGGCGCUGCGAAGAGAGCGUGCGGCCCGUCAGCGGCGAAUGCUCCGUCACUGA